CAUUUUACUUUAGUAUUCAUUCACUUGGAGUCUUGCUAAAAAUAUACUAUACCUUGAACAAAACGGUCCUAAUCAAUUUUCCUCAAUGUCUACUUCCAUUGAAAAUCGUCGACCCUACUACAAUGGCCUUGAAUAUAACGUCGUUGAACCCUUUAAAACAAUGAGCCCAAAAACACCAUUGCUAUCGGAUCCUUCAAACAAAGAAGAGGAUGAAAAGUACUUGAGCAUGGUGAAAAACAUAAUCCUAAAGGGAAUAUCUGAAGUAGAAUCCUCAGUGUUAGACCCUCGUGAUGUGGGUACCUUAGAUCACUGGAUUCAAAGAAACCCUUCCUUGAUCCGUCUCACGGGUAAACACCCAUUCAACUCCGAGCCACCACUCCAAAGCCUCAUGCACCACGGCUUCAUAACUCCCGUUCCACUCCACUAUGUUCGUAAUCACGGACAUGUUCCCAAAGCAUGUUGGGAUGAUUGGUCCAUCGAAGUAACUGGUCUGGUAAAAAACCCAGCAUGUUUCACGAUGGACCAACUCAUCAACGACUUCCCAAGCCGUGAAUUUCCUGUCACGCUUGUUUGCUCCGCGAAUCGUCGCAAGGAGCAGAAUAUGGUGAAGCAGACUAUUGGAUUUAACUGGGGUCCGUCUGCUACCUCCACUUCAGUAUGGCGUGGUGUACCAUUGAGAACCGUGCUCAAGCGUUGUGGAAUAUUUAACCGUAAAAGUGGGGCCCUCUAUGUAUGCUUUGAAGGUGCUGAGGAACUUCCAGGUGGUGGUGGUUCAAAAUAUGGAACUAGUAUCCUCAGCGAGGUUGCAUUGGAUCGCACUAGCGAUAUCAUUUUGGCGUAUAUGCAAAAUGGUGAGGUUUUAGCUCCUGAUCACGGUUUUCCUGUACGGGUUAUCGUUCCUGGUUUCACUGCCGGAAGAAUGGUGAAAUGGUUGAAGCGAAUCAUUGUAACAACCAAAGAAUCUGAUAGCCAUUAUCAUUACCAUGAUAACAGAGUACUUCCCUCGCAAGUUGAUGCUGAGCUUGCCAAUAAAGAAGCUUGGUUCUACAAACCUGAAUAUAUUAUCAACGAGUUGAACAUAAACUCCGUGAUAACAACGCCGUGUCACGGUGAGAUAUUGAUCGUCAACUCAGACACUACUCUGAUGCCUUAUUUACUUAAAGGCUACGCAUAUUCCGGUGGUGGGAGAAAGGUGACAAGGGUGGAAGUGACGAUGGACGGUGGUGAAACAUGGCAAGUAUGCAAAUUGGAGCAUCAAGAGAAACCAAGCAAAUAUGGAAAAUAUUGGUGUUGGUGCUUUUGGUCUUUAGAGGUUGAAGUGUUAGACUUUUUUGGAGCCAAAGAGAUUGCAGUACGUGCAUGGGAUCUGGCUAAUAACACGCAACCUGAAAAUCUGAAUUGGAAUCUUAUGGGCAUGAUGAACAAUUGUUGGUUCAAAGUGAAAACAAACAUGCACAAGCCUCAAAAGGGAGAGAUUGGGAUAAUGUUUGAGCAUCCAACCCAACCUGGAAACCAAUCUGGUGGUUGGAUGGUCAAAGAAAAAGAACAAGUAUAUCAAAAACCAUCAAACUCUGACCCAGACCCUAAGAAUAAUAUUGUCUCCUCAUCAUUGCACACAAACAAUAUUAGCUCAAAAACAUACACCAUGUUUGAAGUGAAAAAACAUAAUAACUCUGAUUCAGCUUGGAUCAUCGUUAACGGUCACGUUUAUGAUUGCACUCACUACCUUAAAGACCACCCAGGAGGCGUCGAUAGCAUCCUGAUCAACGCUGGCACUGAUUGUACAGAGGAGUUUGAAGCCAUACACUCUGAUAAAGCAAAGAAAAUGCUUGAUGAUUACUUAAUCGGCGAGCUUUUAACCACAGACACCAAAGGCAAUAGCGUUGAAGACGCCAACAAAGUUAUUAUUACACAAAUGCAAAACAAUGUGGCUUUAAUUAACCCACGUGAGAGAAUUUCAUGUAAGCUUGUUUCAAAAAGCUCAAUCUCCCACAAUGUUAGGAUUUUUCGAUUUGCGUUACCUUAUGAAGACCAACUAUUGGGUUUACCAAUUGGGAAACACUUAUUUUUAUGUGACACUAUUGAAGAAAAGUUAUGCAUGAGAGCUUUCACUCCAACAAGCAGUGUAGAUGAAAAGGGAUAUUUUGAUCUAUUGGUUAAGAUUUAUUUCAAAGGUGUUCAUCCAAAAUUCCCUAGUGGUGGCCUAAUGUCUCAACACUUAGAUUCAUUGCCUAUUGGUUCUAUUUUGGAUAUAAAGGGUCCAUUGGGACACAUAGAAUACAUUGGUAGAGGAAAUUUUCUUGUUCAUGGUAAACACAAGUUUGCAAAGAGGUUAGCUAUGUUGGCCGGAGGAACGGGGAUAACACCGAUUUACCAAGUGGUACAAGCGAUUCUAAAAGAUCUGAAGGAUCUAACUGAAAUAUAUGUUGUGUAUGCUAAUCGAAGCGAGGAUGAUAUAUUGUUGAGGGAAGAGAUGGAUUCUUGGUCUAAGAAGCAUGAACGAUUCAAAGUGUGGUAUGUGGUACAAGAAAGUAAAAGAGAAGGGUGGAAAUAUAAUGUGGGAUUCAUUACUGAAAGUAUAUUGAAGAAACAUGUUCCAGAAGCAUCAGAGGAUACACUGGCAUUGGCAUGUGGACCACCUCCGAUGAUUCAUGGGGUGAAGUUCGAUUUGGAGAACUUAGGAUAUGAUAUCAAGAACAACUUGCUUGUGUUUUAGUAUAUAUAUAUAUAUUAGCAGUCUUCGUGAACUUAGCUCAGUUGGUAGGGACAAUGCAUAAAAUAGGUCCGGGGUUCGGCCACCAUCAAAAAAAAGUAUAUAUACUAAUAAUUGUGUAAUAUACUGCAUUUAGUUAAAUAAUUACGCAUGUAUUCAGUGUGUUGUCAUAAAAAAAACCCAUCAUGUAUUGUUAUUUCAAAAAAUUAGAUGUCGUAUAUAUAUAUAUUUUACCUUUUAAA